CUCGUGCGGUGCGGAACCUUCGCGCGAUCGCUUCCUUCGCGAAUUUCUGUGGCGCGCGGUGCUCGGCCUGAGCCCGGUUGAUUCGAUCGCGUUCGCGGCCUCGCGUCCGCCUCUGCACUUUGGUGCGGGGAAGGCGGGCCGUCCUCGCGCGCGGUCAUUUCGCGCGGCCGUCUCCGCGAGUGGCAGCCAACUCGAGAAGGAGGAAGAUGGUGCCAGCGAGCCUCUCGAGCGAUACCGUCGCCGCGAGGUAGCGCCGUGCGCGCAGCCAGUCCGUCACCUCGGGGUUUUGACGGAGCGGCGCCGCGGCUCGUCGCGUGUCCCUCCGUGUCCGUGUCGACGGUGGGUCCUCGCGCCGCGGUACCCGGGGCGAGAACUGGUGCGGGACCUGGUGCGGGACCCGGUGCGGGCCCCGGGCCGAUAUCCGGAGACCGGGUCGGCCGCGCGCGCACGCGAGCCCGCCUCCUGGCCCGUCCGCCCGAGCGGGGACCUGACAAGCGCCGAGCCCUGUGUCGUGUCGUGUCGUGUCGUGCCGUGCGGAGCCGUGCGGAACCGUGCGCCCUACGUCGUACCCGCGCGGGCCCCCGCGGGCUCGCCGAGCGCGGGGUCCUACCCCGACGAUGCCCGAUGGUUGAUCGCGGCCCGAAGCGUGCUCGGGGACGCUCCACGCGCCAAGUCUCUCCUUAUUGUUAUUAUGCCCGACUACGCGGACCCCAAUUCGAAAUCCGUAAGCUAUCGCCCCGCCGUCGAGCCGGGACCGCUCUGAGCGCUCGAGGAAGGCGCGCACAAGGCUGAGCGCCCGCUCUCCACGCAGAGACCAGGGGACACCUCGGGGAGAGGAGCCAGCCCCAGGAGCCAUGGCCGACCACCUGGUGGACGGCCCGCCGAGCAAGCGGCCCAAGCUCGCCGACCCCUUCCAGGGGCCCUCGGACUCCUCGGUGGGUAUGGCGCCUCUAAUGAUGCACCAUGCUUAUACAAACUACGGGGGAGGUGGCAGUGGUAACGUACAACAAAUGCAAGGCCCGCCACAACAGCUACAUCUGCAACAGCAUCAGCUGCAGCCACACUGGAACAACCAUACCGCCCAGAAAAAAAAUUACAUUACGAACACGGAUAUGUUUGAUCUUGAAAAUGAUCUUCCUGACGACUUACUGUCAUCGGGGUCUUGGGGCUCUGCACCUGAGAGCGCCAAACCGUCGGGGACGGGACCAGGGUCGGGUCAACAGAACGGCGCUCUCGACUCGGAGCUACGGCAGCACGUGCAGCAGCAACAGCAAUUGUCUCACCACCUCAUUCAGCAGCAGGGUAACAAGAACCUGGUCGCAAAUUCAUUGGUCAUGGCGGCUGGUUCUCUGGGCAGCAAGAGUCCGAACUUGCAGUCACCUCCUAACGUGUCGGUCUCGAAAGGAGUGGUCGACUCUCAGAUGGUGGUCAGUCUUGGCAGUCUACCCAGCAGCAUAGCCAGCUCUCUCGCAAACAAUCAAAUGUCAAUCGCUAAUUCUAUGGGAGGGCUUCAAUCGUCUAUGAGCAUGGCCGGCAGUAAUCCUACAAUGUCAAUGCCAGGAGGAAUGAAUUCUGGCCUUGUGAUGACUGGGAGCGCUACAGGGAACAAUAAUAUGGGAGGCAUGGCCGGGGGUGGUUUAAUUGUCGCCAAUAGUCUAAACAAACAACCAUUGAAUACGGUUACGAUGAUGGGUCCAAAUGCACAAGGCAUACACCAUCCUACCGGACCGCACGGGGUCGCGCAGACGCAAAAUGGUCCUGGAAUGAUUAACGCGACAGCGGUCGCUAUUCAGCAACAGCAGCAGGCUCAUAUGGUAGGACCGACACGUGGUCAGAGCCCGCACCAACAAGUUCACCAAGUUGGAAUCGUCGGUCCUGGACAGUGGGGCCCAAGGAUGCAAGCACCUCCUAAUAUGGCGAAUAUGCCCAACAUGGGACAAAUGAGUGCUUCUAGUUCCUAUGGAUAUGGUUCUCCAGGCAGUGGACCAGGACCAGGCCCCGGAGUUAACGUUGGCAAUAAUAAUCCUGUUGGUGUAGUGUCGCCGCAGCCAAGAGGAGUCGGAACGAACAUGACGUCAAUGCAGGUUAAUAGAUUCGGUGGAUCGGCAGGACCUAUUGGAUCUACCAACGUAGUCGGCAAUCAGGAAGGUGGAAUGGCGCAACAAGCGCAAACACCGGCACCAAGUCCUGCCCAACCCCAGUCCGGCGCACCUAGUGGAGGACAACCAGGACCUCAACAAGCGACUCAAAGUCAAAUGCCUGGAACCGGUGCUCAGCCAGGUGCUCCUCCGCCAACGGUAGAUCCGGAACAGCGAAAGCUGAUCCAGCAGCAGCUCAUCCUUCUCCUUCAUGCACACAGAUGUCAGAUACGCAAAAAUCAAACGAACGGCGAAGUUCGGCAAUGUACCCUGCCACAUUGCAAAACUAUCAAGAACGUUUUACAUCAUAUGACGACAUGUCAGGCAGGAAAAAAUUGCGGGGUACCGCACUGUAGUUCAUCCAGACAAAUCAUCAAUCAUUGGAGGCACUGUACGCGGAGUGACUGCCCAGUGUGCUUGCCGCUGAAACAUGCCGACAAGAACAGAGCCGCAAACGCUAUUGGAGCAGCGCCGGCAACUCAAACUAACAAUCAACCUAACCCAAGUCCAUCAGACAUGAGGAGAGCAUACGAUGCCUUAGGUAUUCAAUGUCCAACGACUACUCCUGGCUUAUUACCGGGACAAGGAGUAAGUAGAGGUGUGAGAAUGACUGGACCUGGAAUGCAAGGACCACCAGGGUCAAUGGCAAACGUUCGAUUGGCUCAACCUCAGACUCAAACUGGACCUACGCAACCAGUUGUUGGUGCUGGUCAACAAGUAGUUGCACCAAAUGUGUCUCUUCCACUGAGCUCCGAUCCAAGUGCGGUGGCCGGAGCCGGUAAUCAAACUGCACCAACCACUGGUCCGACUGCUGCUGCAGCAGCCGCUGCUGCGAAUAUUCAGCAGUCAGUCAGUAUGCAGCAACUAUUUGGUCUCAACGAUUCUGGUCAACCCGGAAUUUUGGGAGAAAAUAGGUUAUCUACUCUACAAUUCCCAGGAGGCCUACAACCCGGGCAAGUGACGGCAACACCUGUUCAGGGAACGAAAGACUGGCAUCAGUCUGUGACGCCAGAUCUCAGAAAUCAUCUUGUUUAUAAGCUGGUUCAAUCAAUAUUCCCAACGCCUGAUCCACAAGCCAUGCUUGACAAAAGGAUGCAUAACUUGGUAGCAUAUGCGAAAAAAGUCGAGGGCGAUAUGUAUGAGAUGGCUAACUCGCGAUCAGAGUAUUACCACUUGUUAGCUGAAAAGAUAUAUAAAAUCCAAAAAGAACUCGACGAAAAGCGCCAAAAGCGUAAAGAACAACAAGUGCAAGCACAGCAACAACAACAGCCACAACCUCCAGGAGGAAACGGUCCUGGUUUGAGGCCUUGUGCUCCACCCGGUGUAAGUGCGACCGUUCCUCCGUCAAGACCUGUUGGAACAGUUCCACCUAUUUUGAGAAGCCAUUCACCCAGUAUGGGCCAGUUAGGAACUUUAAACAUGGGUAUACAGCAUAGCAGGCUGCAGUUUCCUCAACAACAACCUCAGCCGCAACAACCGCCACAACCUCCGCAGCAACCUCCGCAGCAGGCUCAACAAGUUCCGCAGACGCAACAGCAAAUACAGCAACAACAGCAGCAACAGCAGGCUCAGCAACAGCAGGCGCAACAGCAAGCCCAACAGCAACAGGCUCAGCAGCAGCAACAGCAGCAGCAAGCCCAACAACAGCAGGCACAACAACAGCAACAAGGAAUGUUAGUCGGGCCACCUGGACCAAGUCCGAACGGUCAGACGACGUCCAAUCCGAACAUGGUACCGAAUCCUGGUCUCAGUCCUUUUGGACAACCACAAAUGUCGCAAACUAAUUUGACAACAACGACAUCAGUGACAACUAGUCAAUUCCCAACGUCCAACGGAACCUCCGGUGUACCGAACAGCUCCCCUGUACAGACUCAACAUCAAUUCCCUGAUAUCAUGAAGGUGAGACUAGCACAAGCUCAGGCAGCCCAGCAGCAACAGCAGCAGCAACAACAGCAGCAACAGGCCUCUCAACAAUCUGCAAAUACUCCUAGCCAAAGUGCUACCUCGGCGGUUAUGCCUCAAGCGCCAUCUCCUUUCAGUGGAUUGCAGCAGCAGAACAGCCAGCAGCAAAAUCAGCAAUUCCCUACGAGUAGGCCUCUGUCUGCUUCUACUCCUAGCGACAACGGUAUCACUGCAACGACGCCGCAGGCCAUACCUCUACCAACGGCGAGUGGUCCCAGUCCGGGAACGGCGCCGACGACGAACGGACCUCAAUCCACGACAUCCACUCCGAAUACUCCUCUAGUUCCUUCACUGAUGACACCCAAUCAGACUAUCUCCGCCAAUCAGACUCCUCCGCGACCUGUGGCGACCCCUUCACCGGCGGGACUAGCCAGCUUAGGGAAAGGCAUGACGUCCCAGGAAAGAGCGGCACUCAACGCACCCAGAAGUUCUUCGAUGUCCUCGCAGAUGGCUGCGAUCACUGCGGCCUUGGACCGUGAUAACUCGCCUAGUCCACCCACCAAUAACAACAAGGGGAAGUUGGAAUCUAUCAAGGAGGAAAAUAUCAAGAUGGAGAUUAAACAAGAAGACUGUUCCGAUGGUCACACCAUGGACGGAGGCAAGAGCGUCAAUAACGACGUGGCCAUUAAAAAUGAGAUUAAGACGGAAUCCAUGGAGGAGUCCGGGGACGGGACGGUAAAAGAAGAGCCCUGCAUCAAGGAGGAACCCGUUACUCCCACGUCCAGCCAGGACACGUCCUCGGAUGUCAAACCUAUGGUCCCCGAGCCUAUUCAGCCGAGUGGAACUACGACGGACAAGAAACGCCUGUGCCUAUUUAAGCCGGAUGAGUUGAGACAAGCUCUUAUGCCAACGUUGGAAAAACUCUAUAGACAAGACCCGGAAUCCAUACCGUUCAGACAGCCCGUUGACCCCCUUACUUUGGGGAUUCCGGAUUAUUUUGACAUUAUUAAGAAGCCGAUGGAUUUGUCGACGAUUAAAAGAAAGCUGGACACGGGUCAGUAUAGCGAUCCAUGGGAAUACGUCGACGACGUAUGGAUGAUGUUUGACAAUGCUUGGCUGUACAAUCGUAAGAUGUCAAAGGUUUACAAGUGCUGUACUAAGCUGUCCGAGGUCUUCGAACGGGAAAUAGAUCCUGUUAUGCAAGCUUUAGGAUACUGUUGUGGCAGAAAGUACACCUUUAAUCCUCAAGUUCUCUGCUGUUAUGGGAAGCAAUUAUGUACGAUUCCCAGAGAUGCAAAGUAUUAUUCUUACCAGAAUAGAUACACCUUCUGUCAGAAAUGUUUCAACGACAUUCCCGGUGACACCGUGACGUUAGGAGACGAUCCAACGCAGCCUCAAACUGCCAUUAAGAAGGAGCAAUUCCAGGAGAUGAAGAACGAUCAUUUGGAAUUGGAGCCUUUCGUCGUGUGUACCGAUUGCGGUAGGAAGGUCCACCAAAUCUGCGUGCUCCACAUGGAAGCUAUCUCUCCGCUAGGAUUUACCUGUGAUAACUGCCUGAAGAAAAAAUGCCAAAAACGUAAAGAAAAUAAGUUUAACGCUAAACGGCUACCCAUGACGAAACUGGGCACUUACAUCGAGACUCGCGUAAAUAAUUUCCUGAAAAAGAAAGAGGCUGGCGCUGGUGAAGUCGCUAUCAGGGUGGUAGCUUCUAGCGACAAGGUCGUGGAAGUGAAACCUGGCAUGCGGAGUAGAUUCGUUGAAAACGGCGACAUGCCCGGUGAAUUUCCCUAUCGGGCGAAAGCACUGUUCGCCUUCGAGGAAGUCGACGGUACCGACGUGUGCUUCUUCGGCAUGCACGUGCAGGAGUACGGAAGCGACUGUACGGCGCCGAAUACCAGGCGAGUUUACAUCGCUUAUCUCGAUUCGGUGCACUUCUUCAGACCACGGCAAUUUCGGACUGCCGUUUAUCAUGAGAUUCUCCUGGGAUACCUGGAUUAUGCGAAACAACUUGGGUACACGAUGGCUCACAUAUGGGCUUGUCCACCAUCGGAAGGGGACGACUAUAUUUUCCAUUGUCAUCCCCAGGAACAGAAAAUUCCAAAACCGAAGAGGUUACAAGAGUGGUACAAGAAAAUGCUGGACAAAGGCAUGGUGGAGAGAAUUGUACUCGACUACAAGGACAUCUUGAAACAAGCUAUGGAAGAUAAAUUAUCUUCAGCUGCAGACUUGCCAUAUUUUGAAGGCGAUUUUUGGCCUAAUGUACUUGAAGAGAGUAUUAAAGAGCUUGACCAAGAGGAGGAAGAGAAGCGUAAGCAAGCCGAAGCAGCGGAAGCUGCUGCGGCUGCUGCUAAUGCAAUAUUCUCAUUGUCCGAAGAUUCGGAGACGGGUCCUGAUGGAAAGAAGAAGGGACAAAAGAAAGCGAAAAAAUCAAAUAAGUCUAAAGCGAAUCAGCGCAAAAAUAGUAAAAAGUCGAAUACACCUCAAACUGGCAAUGACCUUUCAGCUAAGAUUUUUGCCACUAUGGAGAAGCAUAAGGAGGUUUUCUUUGUCAUCAGGUUACACAGUGCUCAAAGCGCAGCGAGCUUAGCACCGAUUCAAGAUCCUGAUCCUGCUAUAAAUUGUGAUCUCAUGGACGGCCGCGACGCUUUUCUUACAAUGGCCAGAGAGAGGCAUUACGAGUUUUCUUCUUUGAGGCGAGCGAAAUUCAGUUCCAUGUCAAUGUUGUACGAAUUGCACAACCAGGGCCAAGAUAAAUUCGUUUACAGUUGUAAUAACUGUAAAAGCCAAGUGGAGACGAGAUAUCAUUGUACUGUUUGUGAUGAUUUUGACUUGUGUGUAAAUUGCAAAGAAAAAGACGGUCAUCCUCAUCACAUGGAGAAACUUGGAUUAGACUUGGAUGAUGGUUCAUCGCCGGCCGAUGCCAAACAAGCCAACCCUCAGGAGGCGCGAAAACUGUCGAUACAGAGAUGCAUUCAGUCGUUGGUACAUGCGUGCCAAUGUAGAGAUGCUAACUGUCGACUGCCUAGCUGCCAGAGGAUGAAACGCGUGGUCACGCACACGAAUGUCUGUAAAAGAAAGACCAACGUUGUAUGUCCAAUUUGUAAGCAGUUGAUAGCCCUGUGCUAUUACCACGCGAAACACUGCCAGGAGGGCAAGUGUCUUGUACCUUUUUGCGCGAAUAUUAAGCGCAGAUUCAAGCAGCAGCAACUGCAGCACCGAUUGCAACAAGCGCAACUCCUGAGGAGACGAAUGGCUGUGAUGAAUAUGAGGCCGACUGGCGGUCCGGUGGGGGCGAUACAAGGUGGUCCACCGGCUUCGAAUGCCAUGGCACCAGGAGUAGCUAUGAAACCGGGCGUUAGUGCCAGUGGACUAGCCACCGACCAACCUGGCCUCGGUCUCAAACCAGGCACCCCACACCAACCUGGUAUCGGCCUUAAGCCUGGGACUCAGACACCUCCCGCUCACGUACUUCAGGUCGUGAAGCAAGUCCAGGAGGAGGCCGCCAGGCAACAGGCACCCCACGUGGGUUACGGUAAAGUUACGCCUGGUGGUGGAGUCGGCGUAGGUGUGGGCGUAGGUGUUGGCGGUGGUGUAGGGACUGGUGGUGUCAUGCCUCCUCCGCAGAUACAAAGGCCAAUGCCCGUCCAGAUGCCCAAUCCCAGUAGUACGCAUCUCAUUUCCAUGGAGCAGUGGACGCCCAGGUAUCAACCGAACGCGAUAAUGCAGCAGAAUACUGGCCUUAGGCAGCAAACGCCACAACAAUUGAUGCCACAGCCACAACAGCAGCAGCAUCAAACCCAACCAGGAAUGGGGAUGGGGGGCCAAAUGCCGCGUCAACCGGGUGUUAUUGGUGGACCUGUCAGUCAGGUUGGCCCUCAGGCUCAAGGCGGUGCCGCGACGUUACACAAGCAUGCUUUGCAGCAACUCAUGCAGACUCUCAGGAGUCCAAACACUCCUGAGCAGCAAAACCAAAUACUCCAUAUACUCAAGAGCAAUCCUCCGUUGAUGGCCGCGUUUAUUAAACAGCGACAGCAACAGACUGGGCAACACGGUGGUGGCGUCGGUCCACUGGGUCCUAAUCAACCGCAACAGCAACAACCUGGCUUGCAACACAUGAUGUCGCAGCAACAACAGCAGCAGCAGCAUCAACAGCAGCAGCAGCAACAACAGCAGCAGCAGGGUCGAAUGCAAAUACAGGCGAUGCUAAAUCAGCAGCAGCAGCAACAGCAGCAGCAGCAGGCGGGUCAAGGACCCAGCGUCCAGCAGCAGCAAUGGUAUAAACAGCAAAUGCUUGCCAUGCAGCGGCAACAGCAGCAGCAGCAGCAGCAACAGCAACAACAGCAGCAGCAGCAGCAGCAGCAACAGCAACAACCUUUUACGCAACCUCCAGCUCCACCUUAUGGUCAGCAGAGGCCCAUUAGGCCAUCUCUCCUUGGUUACGGCGGAUUCAGCGAGCAGGGGUACGGUCAACCGGGCCUGAAGCCGACGCCGCCGCCGGUGCCGUCGCCGCAGGGAGUGAUGGGUCCGCCGGGGAUCUCGGUGCAGCAGCAGCUGAUGCAGUCGGUGCGCUCGCCUCCGCCGAUCCGGUCGCCCCAGCCGAACCCGUCGCCGCGGCCGGUGCCGUCUCCGCGGAACCAGCCGGUGCCGUCGCCCCGGGCAGGUCCGGUGCCCUCGCCGCACCACCACCCCGGCCACGGGACGCCGACGCAUUCGCCGGCCCACGAGCUCGGCGGGCCCAGCGAGAUGAUGCUCUCGCAGCUAGGGGGCGCGGGAGGCGCGCCCUCGGCUCACCCCCCCGCCAUGCCCCACCAUCCCUCGCCCGCCCCGCCGCCCGCCAGUGGCGCGGACUCGAGCGAGGUGACGCCCAUGACGCCGCAGGACCAGCUCUGUAAGUUCGUCGACGGGUUGUAGUGACUGUUAGUGUCGUCGUCGUCGUCGUCGUCGUCGUCGUCAUCGUCGUCGGUUAACGUAAGUGACUCGGCCACGGCCGACGAGCGCCGUCGGCACCUACCUGCCGGACCGGCGCCGUCGCCGCCUCGCCGCCGCUGCCUCCGCGAGGGGCCCGGCCCCAGGGUCGGGCUCGACCUCGAGCUCGCGUACACGGACUGCCUGCGGCAAGGCAAAGACAAGCUUCCAUCCGUUCUUCGUUCCUAGUUUCGAAGAGAGAGAGAGAGAGAGAAAGAGAGAGAGUGAGCGAGCGUAAGAGGAAAGCAGAGUGAAUGCGAGAGAACGAGAGAAACAGAGAUUUAGUGCGGGGUCGGCGUCGAUCGCGCCCGGCGCCACUAGAUAUUGGGAUACCAACGAACCUAGGGUAGCUCGAAAGUCCGUCACGCAGCGUCGCGCGAGAGCGAUCGCCGCGCCACUCGCGGGACCGGCGCGGCGGGAAGGUAGCCGGCGUUGCGGCCGCGGGGCCUUCUCCUCCCUCCGGGCCCCACCGACCCACCCCGGGUCGGGCCGGGUGGGGACGCUCGCGAUGUCCGCACGAAAGAAACCGAAUGACCCCCCCCCCUGUCCCCCGUUUCCUCGGCCCUGCGACCCCCGACCCGCCUCGCUGCUGCUCGCGCAGGCUAAGAGUGAAAUCGUACAAAUGUGUUGUGUAUACUUAACGUUAAUUAAUAUUAAUAGUUCAAAUACUACCGUAGCAAGUAUACAGUUAAUUAUUAUUGCCACUAUUAUUACACCGUGAUCGAGAAAACGCAAAGAUAUAUAGUAAACGAAACAAAGAACUCUGUAUGAAAAGAGGGGUCGGUACGUUGGAGAGCCGAGACAACCUUGUAAUUGUAAGUAAGGGAUGAAAGGAGAAUUUAGACGAAAGUUAAGUGACGUUAACUUAAGGCCAUUUGUUAAGGAUAUCGAAUUCGGAGGCCGUCAGGGUCGCGCUCUUAGGCUCCCUCGGGACUCGGAAGUCGGUGACGAGGAUGGUCACCGAGCAAUCUCGGAGAGGAGGAGACACACCCUCGUUUUGCGGUGGUGCGUGAUUCGGCCAUUAUUAUUCCCUUGACGCGAGAGGCAGACAGGAGGAGAAAUGAAAUGAAAAAAAGAAAGUGGGGUCGCAACCAAAAAUUAGAAAUUCACCCGCUACACCCCCGUACACCCUCGUACGUACGUACAUACAUACAUACAAACCUAGACACACGACAGGCUGCUAUUUGCUAGUACGGGAGGAUUUAUAAGACGUGUUAAUUUUGAAGAGUUUUUUGAAUCGAAGGACCCGCGUGUACAGUUGAAUCAAAAUGUGUAGCUAUGGCACGACAUAGCUUCCAACGGGCCCUUCCGUAACCGCUCUGUACAUACUAUACCUAUUAUUAUGAUGAUAAUAAUAAUUAUUAUUAUUAAUUUACCUGCCUAUUAUAAAUUUAUUGAUCAUUAUUACUGCUACGAGGAUGAGCAUAGAGGUAUGAUUGUAAUAUUUGGAACGUUCGUGAGAAAGUAAGCGAGAGAAGUGAGAGAGAGAGAGAGAGGAUAUACGGCGCACGCGCGUGUUGCACGACGCUAAUUCGUAACUAUGACUACGUGACUAUGCCAGUGCUCUGUACCAUAGUAAACUCUAAAUGUAAUUCUUU